AUGAAGUACCCCUCCUGCGAAGGAGCGCUCUCGACAUCAAUUGUCGAAAAGGGCGUAAUUCUUGGUACUUACUGCACCGCACGCAACCACCUUUGGGUCCCUUGUCGGGUUGACCCGAUUCUCCGUUACAAACUAGAAAGGAGUAAAAUAUUCUGCCAUUUGCUUAUCUAUCUAUCUAUCUAUCUAUCUAUCUAUCUAUCUAUCUAUCUCUUCUGUUCAUUAUCUAUCUAUCUAUCUAUCUAUCUAUCUAUCUAUCUAUCUAUCUAUCUAUCUAUCUAUCUGAAUCUGCACUUUUCUCUCUUUUAUUUUUCUCUCCCCUUCCCUCACGCACGAAUCUCUAUUUCUCAUGUCUACAUUCUCUCUCUUUUUCACUUUUCUCUCUAUCUGACACAAUAUAUUUCUUUCUUUCUUUCUUUCUUUCUUUCUUUCUUUCUUUCUUUCUUUCUUUCUUUCUUUCUUAAAAAAAGAAAAAAAAAAUUAUUGUCUAAAUAUUCAAAAACACACAUCUCCCUUUUUUUCUUUCGGUUUCUCUCCCUGUUUCACAAACAAAGUCUCCAUAUAUUUCGCAUGUCGUCAUCCUCCCUGUUUUCUUUCCUCUCUCUAGCAAACACGCACCCUCUCCUUAUCUUUCUUUCAUUUACCCACCCUUUCUCUCUCUCUCUCUCUCGGUCUCUCUCUCUCUCUCUCUCUCUCACUCUCGAUCUCUUCAUGCGCUCGUAUCUAUCUAUCUAUCUAUCUAUCUAUCUAUCUAUCUAUUGA